AUGCAAAGAAGUCCAAAAGAGCUGAGCGCCGCCAGUGGCUCCUCAACACUCCGAACGGCUACUGGCCGCGCAGGCAGCUCGGUAGCUUCUUGCGGUGCCUACGACGACGCGGCGUUGGAUGCGAAAGACUUUACCGAUGACUGCGUCUUCAACGAGCAAAUGGAGCAGCACCACUACAACACCUACAGCUCGACGCAACACUCCAACUCUCGUCGAACGCUGUACCUGGCGCUGAACAAAACCGGCCAACCGCGCAAGAUCCAGAUCCCGAUCAACCGAACGCUGGGCAAACUGGCGACCUACACGAAAGCGCUUACCCAAACCGUAGCUCACGAUCGCGUGGAGCGAUUGAUUUCGAGACUAUUCGGUGCGAACCACGUUCGUCACGGCCUGAAGCAACUGUGCGAAACGGGUCGGGCACUGCAGGACCUCACAGUGAAAGAUAUGCGGCCUCGGGCAGUGUGCGGUCUGGCCAAAACAGGCGGACCAUCCGGAGCCGGAUCGCAAGCGAUAGGCACCGCCGGUGGCAACAAAGAUAAAGACAGCAAAGACACCAUGCGAAAAAAGAAGAAGAAGCGGCGAAAAUGCCGAGAAGACGAACCGGCGGGGGAGCACUGCUUUAGGCCGCAGGGUGGUAGCAUAGGUACAAAUAGUGGUAGGAAAAAGCCCCCAGGGCAAGCGAGGAGUCAAAAGUGCAGCCCGGAGGACGGCGAUUGUGUUGUUAGUGUUAGUAGUAGUAGCAGUAGUAGUAGUAGUAGUAGUUCCAGUGGCAGUCCAAACAGUGCAAAUAGUUUAAGUAUUAGUCGUAGCAGUAGUAGCAAUCGCCCAGGUGCGAGCCAAGCGAACGUACCAAAUUUAGGAGUGCAGGCCGCGGGUGCAGGCCCGAAGAAGAAGGUGAUGAAGAAAGUCAACUCGAAAAAUACUCCUUCCAAUGUACAUAGUAUCAAUAAUAAGAAGCCCAAGAAGGGUCCGGGCGGAGGCGGCGGGGGUGGAGGCCCCAAUGCCAACAAGAAAGCCAAACAUCAGCAGCAGAACACUAGUAGUAGUAGCAGUAGUAGCUCAAGCAGUAGUAGUAGUAGCAGCAGUACAGUGCCAUCAAUUCUGAAGGGUAGGGCGAAAAUGAGCCCGGCGAGGAGGGCACCUGUGCUAAGGUCGGUGGGUACGGUGCCGCCGACGGUCACACCGAGUCUCCCGGUAACGACGCCGGCCAGCCUCGACGAUACCUCGCAAUCGGAAGAUGACCUCGAGGCCGAACUCGAGACGGACGAUCUGGUGCUCACGUCAGCCGAACUCAUCGAGGAGGACGAUCUCGACGAAGGAUCCGCUCUAAACCCCACUGCUUUGCCAUGGUAUGGGUCCCCUGGUGUCGACAGUUACCAAGAUGCUACCGAGGUCACCCCUUGUAGUCCUUCCCCCUUUGCCAUCACCAACACAACCACAACCACCACUACCGUCGAAACCAGCGCCAAUAGCAGUGACAUAAGCGACACAAAUGUCACCGCUCAAACCAAAUCUCCUAGCGUUAGUGAUAGCGUCAUUAGUAUAAAACGAAUGAGCUCACUAGUCAGCAGCUCGGUGGACGAACAUCCGCGAGGCCGGUCCCUCGUGCGGUUCAGUCUGCUUAGUCUAGGUACCUUACUGAUCGCUUCCGGUGCUAGCACUGCCAGAAUUACACGACUGCUAUAUCUAUGAUCACGACCGUACAAACAACUACAUAAUUUAGUUUUAUUUUGGAGAAAAACAAUUGAUCUAAAUUUGAAAAAUCUGAAUCUUUUUAACCCUUAAUUUAUUUUCACAAACUGUUCAAAUCUUAUUUCGAACUUUUAGAAUUUAUUUCUGGAUGAUUUUUGUUAUGCAACUGAAAGCAAAAACACAACAAAAAUAUUUUUACUGAUAAUGAUCGAACAAAAAAUGGAAAGAACUCACCUCAUCAAUCCACAAAAAGAAAUAACUCAUCUUUUUAAUUUACAGUAGGAGCA